CGGUUUGUCACUCAUAACUCUGCAGUCGCUGCAGUUCAAUUACCGCAUAGUAUAACAGCUCUGUCAUUUACUAGUCGAUCGAGAUCAGUAAAUCUUUCGGACUUCUUCCCUAAGCCAGCUUUUCUCUUUUUUAGAAACGGCCCUCCCCUUUAAUUCUGCACAGGGGACCACCGUGGGUCUCUCCGUAUUUAAUGUCGGUGGGGAUAUUGGUCACUGGUCGCGUCAGCGCUUCACGAUCAGUCUCUCUGCCCGAUCUUCCGCUUUUUCUCCGGCCAUGCAUCUGCUGUGCUUCUUCUUCCUGCUGCUGUGGACCGGCCCGGCGCGCUCUUAUUUCCCGGAGGAGCGCUGGAGCCCGGAGUCGGCUCUUCUGGCCCCGCGGGUGCUGGUCGCGCUGGUCUGCCGCAACUCCGCGCACUCCCUGCCGCAUGUCCUAGGCGCAAUCGACCGCUUAAACUACCCCAAAGACCGGAUGGCUGUUUGGGUGGCCACAGAUCAUAACUCCGACAACACCACAGAGAUCCUGCGCGAGUGGCUGGUGAACGUGCAGAACUUCUAUCAUUAUGUGGAGUGGAGACCUCAGGACGAGCCCAGUAUGUAUGAGGGUGAAAGCGGCCCGAAGCACUGGACGAAUCUGCGAUACGAGCACGUGAUGAAGCUCCGGCAGGCGGCUCUGGAGACGGCACGCGAGAUGUGGGCCGACUAUUUUCAUGGUACAUUGUUGGACUGUGAUAACCUGCUGACCAAUCGUGAUGUGUUGUGGAAACUAAUGCGGGAAAACAAGACGAUUGUGGCGCCGAUGCUGGAAUCCAGAGCUGCGUACUCUAACUUCUGGUGUGGCAUGACGUCUCAGGGUUAUUACAAGCGUACUCCGGCCUACAUGCCGAUCCGGCGUCAGGAGCGCAAGGGCUGUUUUGCGGUGCCGAUGGUCCACUCGACGUUCCUGCUGGACCUGAGGAAACAGGCGUCCCGUCAGCUGGCCUUCUUCCCGCCACAUCCCGACUACAGCUGGGCCUUUGAUGACAUCAUCAUCUUCGCCUUCUCCGCACGCAUGGCAGAGGUUCAGAUGUACAUCUGCAACAGAGAGACGUAUGGGUAUUUCCCGGUGCCGCUGCGCUCUCAGAACAGUCUGCAGGACGAGGCGGAGAGUUUUCUGCACUCACAGCUGGAGGUUAUGGUGCGCAAUCCUCCAAUAGAACCGUCUGUGUAUCUAUCACUCAUGCCAAAACAGACAGAUAAAAUGGGCUUCGAUGAGGUGUUCAUGAUAAAUCUGCUGAGGCGUUCAGACCGGCGCGAGCGCAUGUUGAGGACGCUUUACGAACAAGAGAUCGCAUGCAAGAUCAUCGCAGCUGUAGAUGGCAAGGCACUGAAUGCGAGUCAGGUGGAGGCUCUGGGGAUCGAGAUGCUGCCCGGUUACAGUGACCCGUAUCACGGUCGCCCACUAACCAAAGGAGAGCUGGGCUGCUUUCUGUCCCACUACAACAUCUGGAAUGAGAUUGUAGAUCGUGGCCUGCAGUCGUCUCUGGUGAUCGAGGACGAUCUGCGCUUCGAGGUGUUCUUUAAGCGGCGUCUGCAGAAUCUGAUGCAGGAGGUUCGGUCUCAGCGGCUCGACUGGGACCUGAUUUAUAUUGGCCGGAAGCGGAUGCAGGUGGAGCGACCAGAGAAAUCAGUGCCGAGGAUCCACAGCCUGGUGGAGGCAGACUACUCGUACUGGACUCUGGGAUACGUGAUCUCGCUCCACGGCGCACAGAAGCUGCUGAGAGCCGAACCGCUCAAGAAGAUGCUGCCGGUAGAUGAGUUUCUGCCAGUCAUGUACAACAAACACCCCAUUGAGGAGUACAUGUCUCAUUUCCCACGAAGGGACCUGCGGGCCUUCUCUGCGGAGCCGCUGCUGAUAUACCCCACACACUACACAGGAGACCAGGGCUACAUCAGCGACACCGAGACCUCCAGUGUCUGGGACAACGAGAGCGUGCUGACCGACUGGGACCGAGCGCGCUCACGAAAGAGCCGUGAGCAGGAGGAGCUGAGCAGCGAAGCCCAGAACACUGAUGUCCUGCAGUCACCGCUCGACAGUACAGCCCGAGACGAGCUCUAGAGCCACGGGAUAUACAAAACCACAGCUAUAGAGAGUUCUAGAGCCCAGAAAUAAAUAGACACACAACUACAGAGACCUCUAGAUCCCAGAAAAAAUCCAAACACACAACUAUAGAGAGUUCUAGUGCCCAGAAAUACACAGAGACACAACUAUAAAGACCUCUAGAUCCCGGAAAUAUACAAACACACAACUACAGAGACCUUUAGAUCCCAGAAAAAAUUCAAACACACAACUAUAGAGAGUUAGAAAUCCCGGAAAUAUACAAACACACAACUACAGGAGACCUCUAGAUCCCGGAAAUAUACAAACACACAACUGUAGAGAGUUCUAGAGCCCAGAAAUAUAUAGACAUACAACUACAGAGACCUCUAGAUCCCUGAUAUAAAUAAACACACAACUACAGAGACCUUUAGAUCCCGGAAACACACAAACACACAAAUAUAGAGACCUUUAGAUCACGGAAAUACACAAACACACAAAUAUAGAGACUUUUAGAUCCCAGAAAUACACAAACACUCAAAUAUAGAGAGUUCUAGAGCCCAGAAAUAUAUAAAGACACAACUACAGAGACCUCUAGAUCCCAGAAAAAAUCCAAACACACAACUAUAGAGACCUUUAGAUCCCAGAAAUACACAAACACACAACUAUAGAGAGCUUUAGAUCCCGAAAUUACAAACACACAACUAUAGAGACCUCUAGAUCUCGGAAAUAUACAAACACACAUCUAUAGAGAACUCUAGAUCCUUGAAAUAUACAAACACACAAAUAUAGAGAGUUCUAGAUCCUGGAAAUAUACAAACAAACAACUAUAGAGAGUUCUAGAUCCCGGAAAUACACAAAAACACACAAAUAUAGGAGACCUUUAGAUCUCAGAAAUACACAAACACACAAAUAUAGAGACCUUUAGAUCCCAGAAAUAUACAAACACACCACUAUAGAGACCUAUAGAUCCCUGAAAUAUACAAAAACAAAACCUUAGAGAUCAUGAAAAUAUAUAAACACACAACUAUAGAGAGUUCUACAGCCCAGAAAUACAAACACACAACUACAGACUACUAGAAAUACAACAGACUAGAGCAGCACUAAACAACAAUAUAAAAAAGACCUUGGUUCACAAUGCUACAUUCAAAGAAGAAAACACAACAACAAAAUAUUAUUUAUAAAGAAAACAGAACAAAAGCCAAACUCAAUUAAAUUAAAUCCACAACAAUGAAAUGUAGCAUAAUCACAAGAAAAUUAAGCCAGAACAGAACAAAAAUCGAAUGUAAACAACAACAGAACCAAGGCCAAACAUAACAAAUCAAGCCUAAACACAAUGGAACUCAAGCCAUAAUGACCCAACAAAAUUAAGCCACAAAAAACACAACAGAAAUGCUCAAGACCACUGGGUUAGGUCAGUAGUAGGUCAACAGAAGUGACAAUUGCCUGCAUGUUUUUCUGGAAUUGUCUGAAAUGACUUACUGCUGCAAUUAAGAGACUAUAAAUGCAGGAAAAAAUGAAAUAUUAAAACACACGUUUAAUUGUGGCACAGUCAAACACUUAAAACUAUGUCUGUCUAAUGCAAACAUGCACACUAGUGCUCAGUAGUAUUUCUGUUGUGUUCUUCCCCUUGAUUGUGUUUUGUUUUGGCUUUCCACUGUGUUAUAAACUUAUAUUUGCCUUUGAAACUCCAUUGUGUUGUGCACUGCUGGGCCACCAUUUAAAUACAGUCAAAUACAGAGCCUUCAUGAGAGAAUCGUCCACUGCUCAAGAGGAUGUGUUACAACACAUUUGAGAACAAAUCAACAUUUGAGGACGUGCAACAUUAUAACAUGCUUUAGAUCAGAUAAAAAACGCAGAUUCUCCUGAAAUGCUUGACUAUUGGGAGCAUGAACGCGAGUCGCUCUGACUUAUGCAAUAUAUUUCUUUUUCUUUUGUUAUUGGGAGCCUCAAGAACAAUCAUGAUUUGAUGUGGUCCAGUUAGCACUAUUUUAAACCUGAUCUGAUGUCAAGCUUUAGCUAAACGUGGACCAGUGCUUGUGAUUUGAACAUUCCUUUAUGAUGAUCUCCCUCUGAGCAUGACUUUUAUUAUGUAAGGGAAUCAGGUCGGCGUGUGAAGGCAGUUUGGAUCUGAUGGUUUUGCUUGCUGAUGACUAAUUUAUUGCUUGUUCAGCUUGAUCAUAAUCCUCUGUCAGUGUAAAUAUGAGCCGACAGUAUGUGUUAAUAUCCCUGAUGUGAACCGUACGGAAGUUGUUUUUUUUAUUUUAUGCAUUUCCUCAGUUGCCUUAAGAGAUUUUUGUCAGAGAAUGCAUUUUAAAGCUAACACAGAUAUUUGUGUGAGGCAAACUCAUGUUUACAUGAUGCUUCGUGUGUCAGCUCAAUAAAUGGGCAUCAUAUUUAGUUAGGAGAGAAAAUGCAGUGUUUUUAUUGAAUCAGUUUUUCCUUUCUUUCAUUUCUUUGACGGAUGUUGUUCAUCUGUACGUCUCCUGAAUGUGCCUUUUAUACCAGAGAAUAAAGAAUGUUUCUUAAAGUCUGA